UUCUGCUUGUUUGUAUUAUCGUGUAUUCGCGUUCUGUAAGCUGUAAAGCACGAUAAACUGUGCCUAAAGUAUCGCGUUUGAAUCGUAGAUAUCUCGAUCCUUUUAAUUUCAAUAGAGUGAAAUUAAUUGAACAGAUCUUUCAUUUAUGAAACGCGAACUUUGAAUGAGCGAUCUCUUUGAAAUUUUAGUACAUCGUGUAGGUUACCGCCGACGCGUGUAUCUUAGUUUGUAACAUAAAACCGAACGAUUCCCUAAGUUUAAAAUGAGUCUACGCGUCGACGAGGAGAAACAGAUCUUUAAUUUUCUACGGCAACAACGUUGUUGCUUAAGAUGCUGUUUCCGAUUCAUCGGUUGGCGUUCGGUUGAUUGUUAUCAGGAUCCUGUUAAAUUUGCAGAAUCAGCUGGAUACAUUGCAGAAGAUGGUUCUGUCGAAAAGGAUUGUUCGCCUUGUACGGCUUGUCUCGGAGUUCUUCAAAAUGAAACGCAAGAACAGAUCGUUGAAAGAAUUCGGGACGAAGUAGAGAAAGAGAAUUACGAUUGUGAAACGUUCACGUGUGCAUUGACGAUACCUGUGUGCAUCAAUCUGAGAGAACGUUUCUUGCACAUGCGAUGUGCCAGCCAGCUCGAGCUUUCACGAGACACGCUGGUCACUCUCAAAGUCAAGUUGCAGAGUGUUAAAGAUAUAUGGAAAUGGAUGGUAACUUCGAAAAUAGAAAAGUCUAUUAAAAAGAAGUUUGAUUCGACGACACCUUCUCCAUUUCUCAUUGAAAUUAUUUUAAUAUACAGAUACAAUGAAAAAGACUGCGAGGCGUUCUUGAAUGUGUGCAAAGUCACGAACGGCGUGGGAAACAAACGGAAGAGAAAGUGUAACGAUAAUAGAUUUAGUAGAAAAAGUAUGGACGCACUCAUGACCAAAGUGACUGACAACGAGUUUUCCGAGUGCUUUGCAAGUUCCUCGUUUGAAACGGUGGAGAAUGUUAAAGUUGACAAUAUCAUCUAUUCACAUUCGAGCAUCUUUAUAGGAGGUAGGUAUAACAAAUUAUCGAGGGAACUUAGUCAGACACCAUGGUUUAUAAACGGUGAGAAGAAGAUGCAGACAUCGGUCCAAGAUAUACUGUGCAAUCCUAUCGCCGAAGCGGUUAAAGCUGAAUCUAUCAAAUUCUCGUCGUCCGGGAGAGAAGACGUGGACGUGAGGAAUAUAUAUGCAGGGCGUCCGUUCGCGGUCGAAUUGAUCAAUCCCCGAAUCAGCAAAAUAACGGAGAAGUCGCUGUCGGACUUGGUCGUAGAGAUCAAUCGAUCAUCGCGACAGGUGCAGAUCACGUCGAGUUUGAAGGUCUUGUCCAAGUUGGACUUGAAGAAAUUGAAGGAAGGUGAGAACGUUAAGACAAAAUUCUACCGAGCGCUUUGCGUUUGUCGCGACACGUCUAGAGACGCGGUGUCGCUCGAAGAAUUGAAUAGUACGAAGAGACUGAAGAUCGUUCAAAAGACACCGAUCAGAGUGUUGCACAGGCGGCCUUUGAGUCCCAGGGAACGUGUGAUAUACGAGAUGAGAGCUCGUUGGACGAGGCCCGAUGAGUUAAAAACGCUGAGUAUCGCGGAUGGGGAUACCAGUGUAUUUUUUGUGUUAGACGUUAAAACGCAAGCUGGAACGUAUAUUAAGGAGUUUGUGCACGGAGAUUUUGGACGGACUAAGCCGAGUUUGUGCGACAUUCUGAAAGCUGACGUCGACAUAAUCGCGUUGGACGUUACUGGGAUUAAUUUAAACUGGCCAUGAGAAUUAUUUCAUGUUCAACGCAUUCAUUUUUUUAUGGAUAUAAAAAGAUCGUAUAAUAAAGAAGUGUAUAUA